CACCGCCACGCCGUUUUAUUAAAGGAAAGUUUGCGGAUUCGCGGCGUGUACGCGGCCGCGGUGAUGCGUCGUGUGAAAUUGUCGUCAAGCGCGGGAGUGUCACGUGUCUGUAUGCAUCGCGCGACUGGCAAAUAUGUUCGCGGCGGUAGCGGCAGCGGCUGAGCGGCGGCUGUCGUCCGUCGCCGCUACCUCGGGGGCCGUCAUCGGGUCGAGCCGCGGACUCGACGCUACCGCGAGGCUUCGCCGGGUGAUUGUCACCAUCGCUCCUCUCCUGUCACAAGAGAUUCGCCGCGGACGAGCUGUCCGUGCCCACUGUAUUUCUCUCCCGCGGUUUCGCCGCAACGACGCAGCUUUUUUCCGUCCAUGCUGACGUCUUGUCAUUUUCCCUCACGACGUGGUCAUGCUUAUUCACGUCGGAUGGCGUACGGUGCGUGACUCGCGCGCGAACACCCGAUUUCACCGGUUUGUUUGCGAGUUGCAAUCGCGCGUUGUGCUGUUCUCAUGCCGCGCAUAAGCGUCGCAGGUCACCUGUCAUGGCGCGCGCCGCCGCCGCCGCCAGCCGCCAGCCGCCACUACCGCCGUUAUCACACGGCUGGCCCGGCUGCCGGACUGGCCUCCGAUUGUUGGGCAUUUAACGAAUAGACGCGACCGUUCGUGUCAGUCGCUCCUCGACCGUAUCUUCCACAGAUUUGUUUUUUCCCUCUCGUGGAAAGAAUGAACGCUCAACACGCUUCGUACGUAGGUUUAUUUUAUCAUGUGAAAUGAAAAGCGGAGCGAUAUGUUCGGCUAAAAAGAACAGACCUCCGUCUCGUCUGGAUGUCAACGCAACCUAACUCAACCUUACCUAUCCUAACGUUAACCUACUCAACCACCUAUCCGUCAUCCUUUACGCGCGCGGUGUGCUCUCAGCAGCCACGCAAAAUGGAUCGUUUAUCUUGCUGGUUGAUUUUUGAGACUUAUCUUUCGUUGUUGUAUACGCGGAUGAGCGCCGACACCUACGACUGACGUACUUGCCGCUGUGUUUCUACCUAGAGGCAUCGUUUUAUUAGCACCUAUCGUACUGAUUUUUAUCGGCGUAUCUAGGUAUCAAUCACGUAUUCGUUCUUCCUAAAUCCUGAAAUUUUCAAACCCGAAACAAGCGAGAUUCUCGAUGUUUACGAAAUAAUCGCGCGGACGUCGACGUGACGUUCAGUCAGCUCGACACUUCGUCGAUCAUGUGGCCGGAUCGGAGUUGGAGAGGGGAAGAGGGUGGCUAUGAUGGCGACUGCCACGCGCCAUGUCGCGGUCGCGCUCUUGCACGUCAUCUCGCGCAUUCCCUUCGCCCCCUUUCGGCGUCCUGUUGCGCGUCAUCCACCUCGCGCAAUGAGGGGAAAGCGUAUUAACAUUUUUUUUUCGUACAUGUGCGCACGGACAAAUGUUACGUCAACACGGCCCUUUUCGCGAGGGGCUCGACAGUCUGCGAAGUAUUAUGGAAGAGCUACAAGACAAGAUGACACGUCGCGGCUACUUGUCUUUUUUAACUUUUUGAAACAUAUGUUUUCUAGAGCUCUUCAAGUAAUGUUCCUCUAAUGUUCUUCAGCAUGUAUUUUUUCAUACAUAUGUAUGAAUUGAAAUUUGGUGUACUUUGAUGGCCUUUGAAGUUGCUUUGAAGUUGCUUGAAUUGCUUUUUUAAACCGAUGGAAAAUUUCAAAAUUUGAAAUUAUUGAUCCAAAAAACCACGAGUACCAAAUUUUGUUUAAUUUCAACUUAUGAACUUUGAUCUGCUGUCUUGUAUUAAGAAAUUUUUUUUAAUUUUAAUUUUGUAGCAAAAUAGGCAAAAUUAUUUAGUAUAGAACAUGUUAUACAAAACUCUAAAAUUUAUUGAAUUUUCAAACGCAUAUUAAGUUGAGUUUUGAAAUUUUGACUUUAGAUUUGAAUCCAAGUGAUUUAAAAUACAUUGAAAAAAUUUGCUAAUAAUUACCAAAUAUUGAGUAACAUAAUGCUAAUUAAAUAAAACCAAAAAUAAUUUUACUUUUCUAAAUAUUUUGUAAAUGUUUUGUAAAUUUAAUAAUAUUUGCUAAAUAUUUAGAAAAGCAAAAUAAUUUUGGUUAAUAAUCCAAUAUAUAAUUAGCAUUAUUUUACUCAACAUUUGGUUGCUCAAACUUUUGUUUGUGUAGAUAUAAAAUUGCAAAAAAAUUAGAGUAAAAAGCUUUUUAAUUUUUAAAAGGAUUGCUUUUAAGGGUUAAUAACUAAAUGAACGUACCAUCGAUUUUGCUUACAAAUAGAAAUAUGGAAGUUAUCAGAUUUAAUUAAUCUGAACUUAAUUGAAAAAGAGAACAGCUUAUUAAGAAAAUCUUUUACAAAUUUUUAAUUUAAGACCGUCCUUAAAAUAAACAUUAGAUUCAAACAUCAAAUUCAAAGAUCAUUGAACUACAUUAUAAUUUAUAAUUUUUUCUGAUUGAGUUAAGUGAUAGGAUUGAGUUUCCUUUACUUUAUUAACGUUCAUUCCUUUUGAAUACCGUUCUCUUCUCUCCAAUUUUUAUUUGUCUAAUUUUUCAAAUUUUAAAAAUUCUAAGAAAUAAAAUCUUGGACAUUUCGCAAUCAUCUUGUGAUAAUUAUCAUCAUCACAAUUCCCUUUAAGAAAUUAUUAAUAAUCAUAAGAAUUGAGGAUGAAUUUUAAUCACGGUACCGCGGUGUAAGACAUUUUGAAUUAAUUUCUCGUAAAUAUCCGAAUCGAAGCUUCAAAGAGUCGAUCCGUGAAUCGAAAGCUGAAACUCCAAGGUUAAUUGGAUGUAAAGACUCGUAACAGAGAAAUCAACAAAGGCAAAACAAAUCAGCAAGAGCAAAAGGACGAGUAAGAGAAAGAAGAGAUGAAGAGCGCAAUGUAGAGAAAACAGCAGCGGCGUGUCGACAAAACACGAGUGGGCUAAAAAUAGCACAAAGCACAAAACAGAGUGCAACGUGCGGAUUAUUAUGCGAGGCGCGGCACGUUCUCGAAAUAACGUUGCUUUUUUUUCUAAACACAUUUAUGCGAUCCCCAUAUUUCUCCCUAACGAAACUUGUCGUGUAACGAAAGCUUUAAACUCGAAGAAUUUUUGUGGGAUACGCGUUUGCGGAUCAAUCUGAAGCACCGUACUUUAAUGCUUGAUAUUUACAUUCAUGGCUGGCGAAUUAAAAAUACAAAUUAUGUUUAAUAGCAAUAUGAGGAAAACAUGAUCACGAAUCUGAGAUUUGGAAUAAACAACCAAUGGAUUGCAGCUAUCAAUUAGUAGCCCUCGCGAGUCUUAUCUCAAUGAGAUAUGUUGCGAUCGUAUUAAUUGCAACGUAUAUCACUUGGCCUUCGGGGGAUCGGCGCUGACCUUGCUUAACGAUCAAAAAUACAUGUGUAAUUCUCUGUAAACAAAUCCUCCGUGAUCUUUUUUUUAUUUUUUUUUAUAAGUGAUGCGGUUUAUUAUUCUUAUAUUAUUUGCGAUAAUUCUGGACCGUUUUUUCUCAAUAUUUUUUAACAAUAGUAAAUUCUAUUUUCGCAUACCUGUAAAUAAUUUUGUCAAUUUUUCAAGAAUGUCAACAGAUGAAUAACGAACAAUUAUAUCUUUUUUAUAAUUAAUAUAAAAUUGACAUGAUCGAAAUUACGCCUUAAAGAUCGAUACACGAGAUCAUUGGAGAGAAAUUUGAUUAUGAAAGCAAAUUGUUACAUUAUGUAUUUGCGACUGCUCCCUCGAUGUUCUAACCUUGUCAUUCGAAAGUGUUUCGUUAGCAAGGGAUACAUAUGUGAACGAGUGCACGUGCACAUAAUCGUGACUCGCGAACGAUGCCGAAGGAGAACGAGUUUUCUGUGGGUGCAUAACACCGUCUCUCCCUCGCUUUCCCGCUUCGCCGACCAAUCAGAAUCGCGGAUUCGACCACGGUCUCCGCUCAGCCUCCGCGUGACCAUUGGCCGGCCGGCUCAGUGACGUUGCUGACCCGCUUUUAAAAUUCGGUAAACAAGAUCCCCAGCGAGCGUCAGAAAACUGCCUGGCGAAUAAUAUCGAAUGAAAAUAAAUGAAUUGCCUCGCGCAGAUUACCGAGAAUGAUUAAGAAAACGUUUCUGCGUGUCACGCUACCUCCGGUUAUCGAUACUUCUCUCAAAUGACAAUGCUGAAAUUGAACAUUAUUCUAUUCGAAAAGAAUAGCAGAACGAUAACAGUUUGUGUCGCUAUAAAUACGCGUGAAAAGUGUUUUGAGUGUGACGAUUUGUUGCAUUUUUUUUCAAUUUACGGCACAUUAAAUAAGUCCCUAUAACAAUAGUUAAUGCGAUAACUAAAAUUUUUUCUCUAAAAUUUUUUCGCGAUUUACUUGGAAAGUCCUUGCGCGACACACUGGUCGAAAAAUCCUAAUUUACUAGAUUUUAGGAGUUAUGAUAUUAGACAAAUUUUAGAAGCACGAUUAGACAAAUUGUUAUUUUUGAUGUAACAGGUGAAAUAAGUGAAAUUCCCUCCAAAAUGCGUUCAAACUUCACGCUGUGGUGGCGCGCAGAAUGAAGUUUGGUAGAAAGGAUAACUUCAUUCCGUCAUAUUGAGCGUACUUCAGUCGCAUGCUCAUGCUUGCGCAUGAAGUUCGACUCGUGCGAGGGGACUGCCGUCAUCAGUGAAACCAUUCAGGAUGAGGAGUGAUACGGCAAGGGGAAGGGAGAGGAAAAGAAGGAGGAGAAGAGAGAAUUCGGCAAUGCGCUCGCGCGGUGCGAAGCGAAACGAAGCGUAGUGUAGUGAAGUUCGUUUUGCGCACGUCGAAGGCGAUUUUACGAACGGGGCGGGACGGAAGGGAAGAUGUUUGACGAUGAAGUACACCGCGGCGGAGAGGGGAAAAGUGCAUGCGCAUGCGUGCACUGCUUGGUGACGCUUCCCGGCGCGCGCGUAACGUAGCGUAGCCACGCUUCUUGCAUGUCGCCGUAUGUGUGUACCGCGCGUCGCACGUCUGGUCUGAAUGUCGUCACGAACGAUCGCCGCCGUUCACGGUCUCUUUUGAGAAUACACACGCGAGCGCGCGCGCGCGUGAAGAUCACCGCGAUUAAAGGCGGAGUAAUUCGGGAAACGAGAGAGAGACGCGGGCGUUCGAGACAGCUUUCUGCGAGGGAAAGACCGGAUUUUCUCUUCCAUUUUGGUGGAACAAGUGGCAAGUUGCGAAUAUAGAAUUGUCAGUGUUGCUCAUGCUUCUGACAACACGUACGGUGGCAGUGGCACCUCUUCUUUCUCUCUAACGAUCUCGACACCGUAUCGGUGCUCACGGAAACCGGAGGAUUUAAGAAGGCGUAGGAACGCGCCGACUGUCCCGAGGGGAGGCGGAGAUCCAUUUCGAGAAGGAGCAAGCGGCCGAAUCGAAGCGGCGUCACUUUUGACAGACGUUUGGCCACAGUGCCUUUCACUUCGCGGACACUCGUCGAGCUUCAAUUCGAAAAAAAGGGGGAAUUAGGAAAGUGAAUUUGGAGUGUCGCUGCGAGAAAGAAUAUCUUCGUUUUGUGAAAGAAAAAGAAGUAUCUAGUGCCGCAUCUCUCGAUACAUCUAUAGCAACAGUGUUCUUCUCAUCGUUUCACGUCCGCUUCCAUUAAUUUCGGGAUCUUCGGAAUCUCGAUUCUUGUGAUCCUCCGGCGAAACAUGAAGCUGGUAGCAGCGUGCGUGCUCGAUAAAAUCAGCAAUCAUCGUGACACACAUUUCAUGUUACUUUCGCGACGACUAUAUUUUUUGGAUACUUUAUCCGCGACUGCGUCGCCUCGUAAACUUCAGAAACGAUAGUAACGUAGAUAGUGAGCAGGAUGUUCAGUUUUCAUAAACCAAAGGUGUAUCGAUCUAGUACAGGCUGCUGCAUUUGCAAAGCCAAAUCUAGCAGCUCGAGAUUCACAGAUAGUAAAAAGUAUGAGGAUGACUUUAUGCUAUGCUUUCAACUUAAUGAAAGACGUAGCGGGGAGAUAUGCAAUGCAUGUGUACUUUUAGUAAAGAGAUUUAAGAAGUUGCCUCCUGGAAACGAUCGCAACUGGAGACAUGUUGUGGAUGCACGCGCUGGUCCUGGUAUCAAGUCGCUAACAAAAUUCAAGGCAAAAAAUAAAAGAAAACUUAAAGAUAAAUCUGAGAAACUUGCUAAGAAGAAACAUGUCUAUGUAAAAACAGACGUAGAUCGAGAACAAAGUCCACCAAUGAGCGAUGAUUUAAACGAAGAUUAUAGAUUGACAGACAGUAAAGCUUUGAGCAGAUCGGGAAGUAUCUCAGAUGACGACGAUGACAUUGGCUCUACUGAAAAACCAUUAGAUCACGUUCAACAUCAAGAUGUGAAUGAAGAUGAUGAUUUUAACUUCUUAGAUUUAUCUUAUUACAAAAGAGAAAUCACUUGCUGUGGCAGCAUUUUUAGAGGCGCCAAUGGUGAGAUCAUAAUGUAUUCGUCUAGCCUGAAACCUUGCGUAAAUAUUGCUAGGCGGCAGCUAACUUCUUUAACAGUCGCCAGUCCCAUUCACAGUUCCGCGUCCACCAGUCCCGUUCACAGUGUUGAAUCGCCAUCAUCAAGUUCUGAAACAAGUUCGAAACAAACCAAGACCGACAGCGAUUCUUCGUCUGAUUCCGGUUACGACGAGUCCUCCAAUCAGGGUGAGAACAAAAUAGCGAAGAACGUCCAAGUUCAGGCAGAUGUGAAAAUGAUUGAAGAAGCUGUAAGACCUAUAGAACUUGAUCAGUUAUCAAGUUGCAAAACCUUACAAUCUGUCAACAUUACUAAUCAGUCACUUCAGUCGGUCUCCAAUUAAUGUCGGCCCUUUAUAGAGGGUUAAUUUAUUCCUUUACUUAUGAAGACACACACGCAUAAUAUGUACAUACGUAUACAGGGUGUCUAUUAGAUAAUAUUUUAAUCGCACAGUUUUUUACAGAAUUUUCAAUCUGGAGAAUUUUUCUUUGGCGAGAAGUUCAAAGUUUUUAAUUCUGUGAUACAUAAAUUUUUGACAUUUGUUUCUUGCAGUAUUCACUUUUGUUGAUCCUUGUAAAUCUUAAAAAUCUUUUGAAUUUCAAUUAAGACGAUUUUUCCUCAUGGAGAAUAUUCGAAAUUUAAUCUUAUAAUAAUACUUAAAAAAUUCUACUUAUUUGAAUUAUUUUUUCGUUAUAUUGUUAAUACAUGAGGAUAAAUAAUAAUAUAAAAAAGAAUUUUUAUAAGAUUUUAAGGAAAAUGUUUUAUAUAGUUAAUUCCAAAAUAAACAGUUCAUGCACACAAUACAAGCAUGAUAAAAAAAUUUUUCUCGAAAAUGAGGCUAUUUAUGAACAGUGUUCAAAACAUAUCCCUAAAAAUCCGUAAAAUUUCUUUUUACUAAAAGGAUUUUUUUCUGAAAUCGAUUUAUCUGAUACAAAAUAUAGUAAUUUAUUGCAGUAGAAACCCUGUAUAUAUGACUAGAUAUAAGUUGACAUUAAUUAAGUGCACUAUCCCCCAAGUAGUAAAGUGGUUCUGAAAAAUUUCGAACUUUCGCUUCGCAUGCGGAGGUUUAAAUGUCAUUUGGAUGCAAUUUAUUAUAUUAAGAAUAAUUAGAAUUAAUUGUAGCGAUGGUUUAACGUAAACCGCCAUUUCUCGAGCCGAUAAUUUUUAAGUCUUAUAUUAAGCAAUAUAAACACACAUCAAAGUUCUGUGAUGAUAUUGUAAAGUAAGAGACGCUCAGAUUUCUUAUACCGAACAGCGGUUCGAGCUGGCGGUUUACGUACUCGCUUUUUUAACACAUCAAGUGCCACCGCUCUUAAGGGGAAAAUCACGUACCGAGACAACCGAAGAUAAUGUCAAAAAAGUCACUAUAAAUUAUUAAAAAAUUAAUAUUUACAAAAUUUUCUAAUUUGUGAAACUAGAUUAUAUAUUAAAAGAUUAUAUAUAAAAAUAUCGAAAUUUAAAAGCUCAAUUUUUUAUGGAAACAUUCUCUUAAAAAUUUUAAAGAAAUUUUAAUAUUGCAUAAAUUUCAAGGUUUUGAAUUUUUCGUAUAUUUAAUCAAAAUUAUAAAAAUAACGUUUUGUUCUUUAUGGUAAUUAACAAAAAAAUUAAUUUUUUCUGGUUUUUUUAAAAUUAUCUAAAAAUUAUAUAUAAAAAUGAAACUGAAUGUGCAAUGAUUUAUUAAUUGACUUAAUUAUAAAAGAUGAACAUUGAAUUUUAAAAAAUUGGAAUUUUAACAUAUUUACCGAGAGAAAACUGAAUUAACAGAUUUAAAAAUAGAUUUUUUUGAGAGGGUAUCUAACGGUUGUAGCGGAACACUUUGUACAAGUUCCAAGCUGCCAAUCGAUUCUCGUCUGGGUCCAAAAAAAAAGAGAAAGCAAGAGAAAAACAAAAGUUUCUUGCAUCUUCUUCCAGAUUACGAUGUUCCAUGACGUAAAUUAAUUAACAGUCAGAUCGACGACCCAGAUUGAUAGCAAUAAACAAAUGCAAACUAUUGUACAGCGGGCCGACUGAUAAAGUCCGUUUUUAGUCUGUAUUUAGACAGUAUUAGUAGAAAAAAAAUGAAAGAUCUAGAUAGAAGAAUUGAAAGUGGCAAUCAGAUUGGCAAACUGGACCAGCGAAUCUUUGUUUGAUAUAGAUAAUUUUAGAGUAUAUAUGAUACUUAUAUAUAGAAACAUUUCUAUGGAAGAAGAACGGAGGAAGAAAGGAAUAAAUAGAUAAAAACUGUUAGUUCCUAGUUAACAAAGAAAAGAUGGGCAUGCUUUGAUUGUAUGUUUAGCGCAAAGUUUGUUCUCUCUCAAUUCUCACUUUAUGUGUGGAAUGUUUACAACUGUUUUUUUCAUUGUCGGUCUCUUUUAAAUUUGGAGUCGAUCUUUUUGUAACGAAAAUUGAAGGUGGACUUCAAAGCAAUUGUAAAAUUUAUAAAUCUAUUCGAAUCCAUAUAAAAAUCCAUAAAAAUCGAAAGACAUGACUUUAUUGAACAAAGAGAGAAAGAUAGUUGGAGAUGAUUGUUUGAUAUAAAUUAUUUAAUUAUCUUCAAUUACUCUUCUUAGCGCUAAACACACGAAGAAAAAACGGGCUAAAAAGAUGUACAAGCCGAGUACCUGCUGAAAACAAGCCGCAACUGUGAUCGUGAGGUUGUUUUCAGAAUUUUUUUUUAUUAUACGCACAAGAGAAGAAGGAAGACGGCUUUUGAUGAAAUUCAUGUAAACGUUCCAGUGACCGAACAUGUCCUAUAUCCAACACUUACACAAAAACUUAUUAAUCUCAAAUAUUUUUUAUUAUAAUCUUAAAAUUUGAUUGCAAUUUUUACAUAUUUAAGAUUAUAAUUAAAUUUUAAUAUUAUAAAACAAAUAUUUGAGAUUAAUAAUAAUGAGUUUUUUGUGUAAUCUUUUUGUGUAAGUAUUCGGAUAUAUAAGUACAUGUUCAGUCACUGGGACGUUUACUUUAUAAUUUAAAAAAAAAACAAAAUAAUUCAUGUAAGAUCCAUUAAAAAUAGUAUUUAUGUAUCCGUGGAAGCAAAAAUUUAUACAAUGUACGAAUUAAUUAAAUUGAAAAUGACUUGAGAAAUUAACAUGUAUCAAAAUUUCUGUCUUAUGUAAUUAUUUUUGAAAAUAUGCGAUGUAUUGCAUAUUUGAUGAUGUAAACUACCCAAGUAUUCAAAAAUAUACUAUAUUUUUUCAUUGUCCAUAUACAAAGAACCACGGAUUUAAAAUCAUUAUAUUAGAAAAAAAAAAAAAAAAUAAUGAUGACUUGGCUUAAAGGUUGGAUCUGACAUAUAAUGGGAAAGUAUGAAAUGUGCAAUAUACAUAGUGUCGAAUCCGUCCAGCGCUAAGCGAGUCAUUGUUUUUUUAUAUUAUUCAACAAGAAUCGAAUUCUAGAGCCGUUCGUCAAAUUCUUUAAGUAUAAUAAUCAAAAUUAUUGGGAUUUGACGAUUACUGUGAUGGACUCUUGAAAUUAAUGAAAAAAUAAAAAUCAGAAUGUUAAAAUAAAUUAAAUUUGACGAAAUGACUUAAUGAAAUGAUUGAGAUUUAAAUUAUAAAGAUAAAAUACUGAUUUGAUAUUAUAUCAAAAAUUGUAUACAAUGGUCGAUGAUUCUGUACAUAAUUAUUCAAAAUUUUCUGAAAAAUCAGACUUUGUUUGAAGAUUAUGGAUCCAUCGUUAAAAAAUGUUUCCGAGGAAAUCCAGGGGGAGGGGAAAGAGAGAGCUCGUUUAAAUCCCGUUUGCCCAUCGGACUUGCGAAGGCUCACCGACAAUCGUAUAAUAACGUAACAGGAAGCGAUAACAGUUUUUUCAUAAUCAAACAUCGAAAAGUCUGAUCUAUCGAAGGAUAACGCUCAUUUGCCUUUUCUCGCGAUAGAUCACAUUUGUACAUUUUUUGUAUGAUCUCUAUCAUUUCUCUUUAUUGUGAGAUAAUACUGAUAAUUAUGAUUAUCUUCUUUUACUAUGAUUUGUCAUAAUUUAAUAUAUGCGAUGAUCGAGACUGGAUCAUAGCAAAGAACAAAUACAAAUUUAUAUUUAAAUUAAAUAUAGUUUUAAAUAUUUGUUAUAAAUAUUUAAAGCUAAAUUUAAAUUAAAUUUAGCAUUUAUGUAAUGUAUUUAUAAAGCUCUGCAAAACUCAGAAAGCGAAUACUAUGAUUCUGUCUAGAUCACAAAACAAAUAGUUUAUCGUAUUUAUUUAUUUUAUAAGUCGACUUAUUUUCACUAUUAAACAUAAUAUUCCUUUUAUGUAAAUUUAUACGUAUAUUGUAUGCACAUAUAUUUUUAUAUGGAUCAGUGAUCUUUAUUUCGUGAUUUUUUUAACACUGCCAGAAAAUAAAUGCGGUUAUCAAUGAAAGAUAAUGAGAAUUGCAAUUACUGGCAAUAUAUCGUGAAAAUUGUUUAUUUCUCAUGUCCUUAAGUGAUCAAUUAGCAUCAAUUAUUAAUAUUAGCUAUAAAAUUUGUAUUAAUUAAUUAAUAUUAUUAAGUGUUAUUAGCAUUAAUAAUAUCAAUUAAUUGAUAUCAUUUGUUAGUUAAUACAUUAAUAUUUGUUCAAGCAAAUCAACGAUAUUAAAUUUGAAAAACUUACAAAAUGUUUUCAAAUGUGGUGUGAUAAAUGGCGUAUCAAGAUAAUAGAAAAAUAUUUGAAUAUAUAUUUAGGAAAAUACCCGAGUUUUAAGAGAAGAGAGGGAAAACGAUUAGAUUGUAAAUUCAAAUUUUAUUUAUCAGAGGAAAUAUAUAUAUGUAUAUAUAUAUAUAUAUAUAGAUAUAUGAUACUUUAUAAAUUAUACACAGAUACAUAAUACAAAAAUUUACAAUAGAUUAUACAAGGUAUGAUACAUAAAAAGAUACAAAACAUACGAACACAUGGUAUAAAAAUACAAUAAAACUAUAAAGUCAUACAUAUAUAUCGCGGAGACAACUGUAAAAGGAGCGAGAGAUCAACGAAGUUAUUCGAAUAAAGAGAACGCUCUUUUAACUAUAUUACAAAAUUGAAGUCGCAAAUCGUAAAAUUGUAGUUUCUUAUAAUAAAUAUUAAUAACUAUAAAAUUACUGUAUGAUGUAUAUGUAGUUUUAUAACAAGAAAUAAUCUUUGCAAUCUUAAAGUACUUUGAAAAAAGCAAUUUUACGAUUAAAAGUUCCAGUAUUUAAAAUUUAUUGUAAAAAUGUUACGUAUUGUAUUUUCAUAAUUCAAAAAAAAAUCUUAUAAACUUUUGAUCAUAAUGUUAUAGAAAAUUUGGAAAUUAGCUCCUUGUCAGUAGUCUAUCCGUCGAUAUUGAUAUCGCCGAGACAUUAUUCAUGAAUUUACACAAAUUUUUAUCGUUACUUUAUAAAAAAAUUAUUGGUAUCUCAAAUAACAAGCAUUAAUUUUUUUAUUUUUACAAUUAAUUAGUAAUUAAUUCGCGAGAACACACGCAAUAAUGGUAUUCGUUAUCGAGAAGAAUUUUCGAAUCUAGUUAUAUCUGAUUGAUCAAAAAAUUCUGCGCAUGUUACACUUGUUUUACUUUUAAUCGGAGAAUUUUUAGAUCAACCUGGACCGAUGAAUAAUAAAUAAUUAUUGUAAUAUAACAAGUAAUUACACGCACUAAAUGAUAAGUCCGUUAUUCGGACCUAUUUCAAGUUUUAACAUAUUUGAAAUAGGUUCGAAUGAAUAAUGUGUUGUGCGUAUAUUUACUUCUUAUAUAAUAAUUUAUUAUUAUGAUGUAGACUAGGUAAUAAGGAAACACAACCAGAUUGUGUUCACAAAAUUUUUGAUACAUGGAUUUUCUAUAUAAAUAUUUGUAAAAUACAUGUAUUUUACAUAUGUAAUGAUAAAAUAUUUGCUGUAAUGAAAUAAAAGCGCGUGUUCUCGCGUGUUACAAUUUAAUCAGUAAUGAACUAAGGACAGAGAAUCUAAGCGAGUAAUAAUCUACCGGAAGAUAUGCAAUGUGGUGUAAUUUAUAUCUCUCGUGUCUUUGCAAAAGUUUCGGGAUUUCUUUUUUACUUUUAUACUGUAAAAUUUAAUAAUUAAACUAUGAAAAUGAGUAUAGAUAUAUAUAGAGUUGAAUUAUGUGAAUCAAGCGUUUUAUAUAAGAAACUAAAGUAUUUAAAGUACUUUUAUUAUCAUUUAAAUCUUACGAGAAGUUAAAAGACGUUUUUAAAUUUUGAUAAAUUUAUUUUAGACAAAUUUUUUAUACAUUUUAAAUUCAUAAUAAAUUUAUUGGAAUAAAUUUGUUUUUCAAAAUCCUGCAAUCUCUAAAUACUACAUUUUAAUAAACGUUAAUUGAAUUCUAUACACAUACACUUGUAUAUGAGUGUAAAUCUAUGUUUAACAUGUAAAAUCAUUCUUAGUGAAAUAUCGAGUUAGAUUGUCUAUUUUUGGGAAGUUUUGGAAUUUGAGAAAGAUAGUAAGAAUGCAGGAAUUUUAUUUACAUAAUUUUAAUACAUUCAUAAUUACUACUUUUAUAUGUAUAUUAUAAGAACAAAUAUUGGCGUGUAAGUUUUUUCUACUUAAGGUAAAUAUAACAUUCAACUCGAGAUUCAAAUUUCGAAAAUCCGGAAGCUUUUGUGAGAGAUUUAGGGAAGGAGAUUUGAGAGUAAAAAAUUUUGCAUAAAUAUUUAAAAGUAACGAUUGUGAGACUGACCAACGUAUUUAGCGGGUAAACUUUUUUUACGAUGAUAUGUAUGUAUGUAUAAAUACAUAAAUAUCCUCCUAAAUAUGCGUGUGUGUACAGAGGUGAGAUUAUACGAUUAAUCUUUUAUUUGUGCAAAUAUUAAUCGCGAAGUUCUACAAUAUAAGCGACGACUGCUGUAAAAUUAAUAUAUUAUAUCGAGAUCAAGAAAUUUAUUCGUUUUUCUUACGUAGUUCUUACGAGUAAAGUCAAUAAUGAAAUAAAAAUAAUUAUAGAAAUAAAAUAACGAGAUGGUCGAUAAAACAAAAUACGAAUGAAUUUUUUGAUCAGAAAUUGAUCUAUUACAUUUAUGAUUAUUAUUAAUAAUCGCGUUAUGGUUAUUAUUAUUACAUAUAUAUAUACAGCGCGCAUUUGUAUAUAUACGUAUGUAUAAAAUAAUUCCAAUCAUUGUGUAUAAUUAGGGGUAUUAUAUUAUGUACAUUUAUAAGGGAUUAUUAUUAAUAUUAUCAUUAAUUAUAUCACGCUUAUCGGCGAUAAUCUCGUCGAUUCGUGAUUGGCCGAAAACGUCCUUUCGAAUUUUGGCCGGAGUGUUGUGCAACUGGUGGGACGAUCGGUCUUUUUUUUUUAUAGUAAGGAAAGAAAAUACGCCAUCUUGUAAUCAUGUACAACUUUGUAAUAAAUCAGUUUAUUUGUAA